AUGUGGUCGCUCUUCACUGGGUUGUGGCAGCAGUGGAGUUCGAUAGAGAGAACUGCGCUAGUGGCUAGGGAAUUGGCCCGUUACAAAGUUGACAUCGCAGCCCUUAGUGAAACAUGCCUUGCAGACAAAGGACAACUGACAGAGACUGGCGGCGGUUAUACAUUUUUCUGGAGUGGGCGCAGCAUCAAUGAGAGACGCGAAUCUGGUGUGGGAUUUGCCAUUAAAACAAGCCAUGUCCCAAAACUUCCAAGCAUUCCUGAGGGUCUUAGCGACCGACUCAUGAAGAUGCAGCUACCAUUGAGACACAAGACCAAGGCCACAUUGAUCAGUGCCUAUGCCCCAACCAUGACAAACCAUGAUGAGGUCAAGAACAGUUUUUACGAAGAGCUUGAUUGCAUGAUUUCAUCUGUCCCGCAGUCAGAGAAGCUUCUUGUCCUUGGGGACUUUUACGCCCGCGUCGGAACUGAUCAUCAAGCCUGGAACAACACCACUGGAAAACACGGAAUAGGCAAAUGUAAUAGUAAUGGACUCCUACUCAGAACGUGCGCCAAACAUGACCUGGCCAUCACCAACACCAUAUUCCGUCUGCCAACCCGCAACAAAACGUCAUGGAUGCACCCUCUCUCUCGGCACUGGCAUCUCAUAGAUUACGUCAUCACCAGGCUGUCCUCAGAACUGCAAUUGAAACUGGAUGGCAACUUUGAGAACUUCCAUCCAGAUCGCAACAACGUUGACGACUACUGGGCUUCCUUCAGAGAUGCAGUUCACUCUGCGGCCCUGGAAGUUCUUGGCCCAGCUGCCAGACGCCACCAGGACUGGUUUGAUGAAAAUGACAGCGAGAUCCACAAUUUACUGGAGAAGAAACACCGCUUGCUGAGGGCCCACCAAAGUGAUCCCUCCUGUGGGGCAAAGAAGGCUGCUUUCAUAAACAUGAGAAGCAAAGUCCAGUCCAGGCUCCGCUCCAUGCAGGACUCCUGGCUCAGUGCCAAGGCUGAUGAAAUUCAAGGCUAUGUUGACAGACAUGACAUGAAGAGAUUCUAUGAGGCACUGAAGGCCGUCUAUGGUCCACAGUUGAAGGGAUCAUCUCCUCUACUCAGUGCCGACGGCUCAACCCUGCUCACAGACAAGAAGCAGAUCCGUGAGAGAUGGGCCGAACACUUCCACAGCGUGCUCAAUCGCCCCACAGUGAUCAACGACGAAGCAAUUGCACGCCUUCCACAACUGGCAACCAACCAAGAGCUUGAUACUCCACCAACGCAGGAAGAGGUCAACAAAGCAAUCAAACAAAUGACCAGUGGCAAAGCUCCUGGCCCUGACGCCAUCCCUGCAGAGGUUUUCAAGAUGGUCGGCGAAUCCAUCCGCAAUGAGCUGACAAGUCUCUUUCAGACAAUGUGGAACAAACAACUUCUACCCAAAGAAUUUAGGGAUUCCACGAUUGUCCACAUCUACAAGCGAAAAGGAAGCCGUCAAUCCUGCGACAACCACAGAGGAAUAUCGCUCCUGUCCAUAGCUAGCAAAAUCCUGGCGCGCAUCCUCCUCAAUUGCUUGCUGGAACACUUGGAGCAAGGUCACCUCCCAGAGAGUCAGUGUGGCUUUCGUGCAGGGCGAGGCACUGUAGACAUGAUAUUUGCUGCCUAUCAACUUCAAGAAAAGUGCAUGGAACAGCACCACCUGACCUCUACACGACUUUUGUUGAUCUGA